AUGCAUCACUGCCUACACAACACAGACCUAGUCAGCAUCAUCAUUGAUCAACUCGAUCGAGAUAAGGCUGCCCUGGUUCGCCUUGCUCGCGUGUGUACAUCAUUCAAGGAGCUAGCCUUAGACGCCCUUUAUUACAAAAUCGCCUUCGAUGAUCUUCUUGGCGUCCUUCCGAAAGACUUGAUGGAGCCUCAGCCGGAGGAUAAGGAGCCAGAGUGGAACACCAUGAACUUUCAGAGAACCAUGACACAGGACGAGUGGUGUGUCCUUAUCUCAUACGCUGCUCGAGUCAGGCGUUUGGAUGUCGCGUUCGUAGAGCAUCCCGAUCCAGAAAAUGCUGACCGGAACAUCUGUGAGGUGCUCGCGAGGAACUGCCCCGUCCCUUCUUUGUUUCCGAGCCUAGUAGAGCUGUCGAUGUGGCUCAAGUAUGUAGAGUCCGCUCCACGGUUCGUGCAUGGCAUUUGCCUAAGUCCGAAGAUCCGAACCUUGGUCGCCAAACAGUUCCUCGCGGAAACACUUCUUGAAGAUCUAUACCGUAUGGGACAUCCAUUAUCCUCUCGUUGUCCCUUGCUCGAAACAUUUGUAUGCGGUCCCAACAGCCCGAUUAUGGAGGUGGCAAAUCCAUCCAGCAUCGUCACAAACACCGUUUGCGCGUGGCCUAAUCUUAGGGUUUUGGACUGUGGCCCUCUCGGACCACGUUCUAUCUCACAUGUAGCCUCCAUGCCGUCUUUCAAGGCCCUACGCCUUGUCCUCAGCGAAGAAACUACCUGGCCCGACGAAGCUCAUCUCUUUGGUUUGAAUACACUUGAAACACUAAACAUCGACUGCAGUGACUUGUGUUCUUACGGAAAAUUAUCUAACGUCGUUUCAUCGCUGUUCGGACUCAAACAUCAGGCUCACCCGCCGCAGGCAACCCUUCGUCGCAUUGAGGUGGUCGCAACUACAACGUCUCCCUCUUCCCUAUCUGCCUUCGCCACCGCUCUUGCGUCACACAUAUCCCACAGCGCUCUACAGGAGGUCAUCUGUAAUGAAAAUAGCUUUCGCCGUCGCGGCCAUGGCCGCGGUGUAGAAGUAGCAGAGCGCGACAUUUCUGCGUGGUUUCGUGUGCUUCGCCCCUUCCAGCAGCUGACUCACAUAGAACUCAGAUGCGUAAACCCGCCCCAAGGAGACGGUAUUCCCAUCCAAGCCAACACACUGCUUGAAUGUGCCCGCAGCUGGCCGCGUCUCAGGUCGCUCACGCUAUGGCUUCUCGUGACGCCACUUAAGCUUGAAGAGACAAUCGACCUGCUGCAAAUCCUACCACACCUCGAGAUCUUCGACGUCGGAACCCUCGUCACAUCGGAAUCGAUUGGGUCGGUUUGUGAAUCGACGUCCCCACUUCCGUCGAACUCCCGGAUAGAUGCGCUGACCUUCGAUCACGCGACCGAAGACAUGCAGGAUGCCGACUCCUUGGCGUCGCUCCUGGCUCAAAUUGUUCCUCAGGUCUCUACUGUCUAUAGUGUAGAACAUUUGCCGUACACCAGAUGGCCAAAGCGUUCUCCGUUUUGGUCUACCGUCCUAAGAAAAGUCCGAGGUCAGGAAGCUUCAUCGGACACGGAGUAUCCAGACCAUUUUGAUCCGUCCUUCCAGGCUCAACAGCUGUAA